CCCACAAAGUUUCCGUUGUGGGAGUGAGAUGGUCUACUACAAAAGGUGGUAGGGGGAGCAGAGCCAGACACACUGUUCAGAUUUUACUUCUACAAAGCGACCAUGAUCCACGCAUACUGCCUUUUCAUUUUGGUUCAGCUUCUCUCCCACUCUGGGGCUUCUGAGAGUGGCAUAGUGCAUGGGAAGGUUUCAAAGCCUCAUUCCAGACCCUACAUGGCAUCGCUCCAGAUUCGUGGACACCAUACAUGUGGUGGGAUACUUAUUCGAGAGGAUUUUGUUCUAACUGCAGCACACUGCAAAAAUUCUGAGCCCUUGACGGUGGUGCUUGGAGCACAUGACAUACGCAAGAAAGAGAAAAGUCAGCAAAGGAUCCAAGUGGCUAAGUACCAUCAGCAUCCAGACUUCACUGGACAAUUCGAUAAUGAUAUCAUGUUACUUGAGCUGAAAGAGAACGCCAAACUCAACAAAUAUGUAAAGGCCAUCGGAUUGCCCGAGAAGGAUGGGAAAAUCCCAGCCAACAAUAUCUGUACCGUUGCUGGCUGGGGCCAAACUGCAGACGAUGAGCCUGCUUCAAACGUACUGAAGGAGGCCACGGAGAAGAUACAAUCCCCCUCUGAGUGCAAAAAAAAAUGGAAAGUCUUCAUUCCUAAACAAAUGCUAUGCACCAAGUUUGACAAAAAGAAGGGAGGGGUCUGCCAGGGUGAUUCAGGUGGACCACUUCUCUGCAACUCCAAGCCUCAGGGUAUUACAGCUUUUACCGCAAAAGGCGACUGUAACAACCCCAAGUAUCCACAUGUCUUCACUAAAGUCAGUUUCUUCCUCCCCUGGAUCCAAAAAGUGAUGAAGGGACCGGGGAAUGUCGCAUGAGCUGCCACUCAGGGGCCAAGAACAUUGUUCUUUCCUCGCUUAUUAAAUAACA